UCAAUCUGCGCAAUACAACUAUGUAAAUUGUAUCAUCGAUAAACAAAUCUUUUGGUUGAAAUUUUCGAUGUGUUAUUCGAUUCGAUUCUAACCUAUAUUUGAUACGAAACUCGAUACUCGGAGCAGGAUAAAGGUAAUAAGAUUUCUAGUUAGUUGCUGGACGAAAAACUCGCAGAAUCUAAUCGAUGAGAGACCUAAUGCAGCAGGUGGCGCCAUCUGAAAAAUGGUAGAAAGAUUAGAAAGUAUUGUAUUAUAGAAAGAAGUAAAACAUGGAUGUGGAUACAGCGAGCGAUAAUACGUCCAUCGAUGACAAGAUAGACGAUUUUUGUGAGAAUCCAACGAGAGAUGCUCUAACAGAAGGUCUUAUGAGUCUUUUGAAACCUACGGUGGAUCAAUUAGACGAAAGAAUUCGUGCCACAAGAAUAUGUCAAAUAGAAUUAAAACAACGAAUUGAAUCGUUGACGGAAGAAUUGCAGAGGAUCAACGAAGUAUUGCAGUGUCCACUGGAAACAGAUUCUUAUGUUAAAAAGUUGAUUAACGCUAAACAUAAAAUCACAAUUGUUAGUAACAUUUUACAAAGUACGCAAGAGCGAUUGAAUAAAAUUCACCAAGCAGUGGAGAAAAAUACAGUAAAAAGGAAAGCUUUACUGGAUCGUAGCUCUCCAUAUGGUAAUGCCUCUAAUAUUUUAAGUACAGAAGAACAAGUGGAAAUAGAAAAAGGGGCUAACGUUUCUAAAGAAUAUGAAUGAGGCACGAUAGUACAUGUAAAACAAUUGUGAUACGUCCCUCUUUAGCUUUGUCUUUAAUUUAGAAAUAUCUAAGAAAGGAACAAAUUGUACAAAAAUUCUUCUAUAUAUUUUCCAUGUAUCAUGAAUACACCGAUAGUUAGAUUAUCGGAUAAAGAUUUGGAAUCAGUUUAUGAACCUUCAGAGGAUUCCUUCCUCUUGAUAGAUGCCUUAGAAGCUGAUUUAGAGGUCCUAAAAGCUACAAAACCUGUGAUGUGUUUAGAGAUAGGUAGUGGAUCUGGUAUUGUAAUUACUGCUCUGGCAAUGGCAUUGAAGAAACACUGCCAGUCUUACCAUCUUGCGAUCGAUAUCAAUAUCGAUGCAUGUAAAAU